GUAAGUAUUUUUGGAGUCUCGUAACAAUGGCUCCUGCAGCCAAAUUUCAGGAACCAGGCAAAAUUAUGUGAAAACAAACAGAAAUUUAACUAAAGAAAAUACCAGAAAUCAUAUUUCAAAGCACAGCCGAGUUCAUCAAGGUCUCCUCCUGUUCCACCCCCUUUCAGAUUCGUCGCUGAUGAAAUGUAAAUACUUUCAGACCGCGAAGCGAAUUCCCACGAGCGAUGCCUACCACCUAAAGACUGCUGAAAUAUUGGCAGCGCAAACGCUCCGCGGCGCGUAAGGACGAAAGAAAGAACGCAAACAGAGAGUCGUGAACUCCCUCCAUCUUCCAACCCCUCGUGAUUCCCUUGGCGGUAACUGCUACUGCGAUCGCUCGUCUCAAUUUCCUCCACGCAUUCACCAUCACCACCAUCAAUUCAUCCCUACCCUAAUCCAAAAGUCUCUCCGACGGACGGCAUUCACCCUCGUUGCAGCGAUCAGCCUUCGAGCACCUCCGCCCCAUUUUCCACCCCACGACCUUCGACCAGACUCUGGUCGCCACGGGGUCGAAACUCCAAUAAACUUAAUAAACUUUAAAAAAAAAAAAGUAUAUUCCAUCGUUAAAAAAGAAUCAAACGCCAACUUUUAUAGAAAUAAUGAUAACAAACGAAAUCUAGAACACCUGAGAACGAUAAUCCUCACUUCAAUCGUCAUUAGAGGAUUUGCAACAUAUCGCAACGGUAAUAAUAAAAACUCGUGGGACGUAAACAACCUGAAAGACAUUACCAAACCGCGCUCGAUCCGUCCACGAAACCAACGAGAAAACAAACGAAGCAACGGAAAAGGGUUUAUUAAAUUCCCCGGCCGCAGCUAACGAUAUCACUCGGGUAAACGAAACGUUACGCACCCUAACCCCUCUCCACCUCCUUCUGUACCUGUGGCGGACGGGAUUAAUGAAAACAUUCACGCAUCGUUCAUUAGCGGAAUGAAAUUGUCCCCUUGCAGCCACCCCGGUUGAUCGCGCAGAGUUUGGCCAAAGUUCUGUUAGGCGAGACCUCUCUCGUCGGGAUGCAACCCCUGUGGAGGGUUCACGGUUGAUCCGCGUGGCGCUAUCGUCGUGGGGGUGAGGGUCGGGGGUAGGUCGACGGAACUAGACGAUGUUCGUUCGAGGGAGGGAACGGAGUGUGGAGAUAGUCGACGAGGACGCUGGGUGGUGAGUGGCCACCUUUUCGUAGGUCCUCGGCAAGGUCCUACCGUCAGGGCCGCAGGACCGUUUUGUUUCCUCCGUUUCUCGCGUUCCUCGAGGGAAACAAGAGAAAGACAGAUCGAUAGACCGGCGGCCAGUGUGCUCGGCUAGGUCGUCUCUGCGUGUCGGGUGCGUGAAGGUGCGUGUUUUUCUCGCGUGGAUCGGGAGGACCGCUGGGACGCAGGGAUCGUCGACGGGGUGCGGCCGAUGAUGGUGAAGGCCCCGAUCAUGGGACCCUCGGCUGGCAGCCAGGGGAACAGGAAGAUCCACCCGGGGCCCGAGAUCUCGAUGAAUCCGAGGGAUCUGCCGACAGCGAACGCUCCUACACUCCCGGGUAUACGAACAGAUGGCAACUCUUUCGGCAAGGCAACCUCGAUCUUCAAUCCCCAGGUGGACGUCUCGACCCAGGUGGAUCUGCAUGGCGGUUUUGGUGCGUCGGGUGGUAACAUUAGCAUCGACUGGGAUCGUAGAGCGACCCCGCUCUACUCCCGCGAGGACAUCAAAGAGCAGUAUUGCAUAACCAGUAGGCAAUUGGACGCUGUCGAGAAAUCCGAGGGUGGGUUCUUCGGUUGCCUGUCGACGAGAGGGCCAUCGCCGUGCAGCGCCGCGCGAACCUCGAUCCUCUCCGCUUGCGUAAGAAGCGUCCCCAGCGACGAGAACCUCUGCGACGCUCCCUAUCCCAGACGAUCCCUCCAAAUCAUGUUCCGUCAACCUCAUUCGACCUAUUCGAGGGGUCUGUACCGUUACGACUUCGAGGACGAAGCCGACUGGAUCGAGAGUUCCUACUUGCGGCGUCGACCCAGAUCCUUCUGCACCGUGUCCGAUCCGAAAAGGAAACUUUGUAUUUUUAUCUCCUCUGUGAUGGUGCUGACGUAGAGGGACGAAGUCAGUCAAGUAUCGUUACAUGACCUCGAACUCAAGAAAUCCCUUGAUCAUCGCAUUGUGAUACAUUUAUCGAUAAACUCGAAGAUCAUUCCGAAAAUAAAUAAUUCUGAAUGAGCGAUAAUUACCAAGUACCUACCAAAAGAAUUUCGAUCGAUCUUGUCGCGCGAGUUUAUAAGAAAACUACUUUCUGUCUCGCGACGCGUUAAUCACUAGUCGUACAGCGAAUUUACUACUGGUUUCGCUAUAACGAUGACAACGUUCAUGGAGUGUAAAGAGAUUUACUGCCACCGAAGAAAAUAUCUGGACUUUCACGGUGCCGUGAUUCGACGACAUAAAUAUCCUGAAGUGGCAGAAAGGAAAAUUAACCGCUUUCCCAUAGAGUGCAGAGCUCCCAUUAAAUCUUAAGAUGGAGCUUGACAAAGUAUAACGUUAUCAUUCAAAUUCCAAUUUCUAUUUAACGAGUGAUCUAUGGAAAGUUCUGUACCUUUUUUUUUUUUUUUUUGAUAUUCGAGACUUUCAUUCAGAUUCUAAUUCUAUCCUUGUCUUGCAUCUGGGUAGUAGUAAGCUGUUUCGAAGGUAGUAGUAAGAGAUUACGGGUUCGACGACGCGUUGAGUGGUUCAGUUUAUUUCUAAUUGGCGCGAGUGGUGCACAGAAGCUUCAAUGACGACGUUGUUUCAAGGUUGCGUGUAAACGAUCGAUGAAAAAUUAUGUUCCCGGAGUAAAUUGAUGUAUUUAUACGUUAUCGGCGUAUCGACGCGAAAACUGCAGCUAUAAAUGCGACACGUGGCGAGUCGAUUUUAUAUAAGGUGUACCCAGAAGCUACAAUAGAAAACAAACAUCGAUAGCUAACACAAAUGUUUACCUGUAACACACACGAGCGUAGUUUACUAUUAACCGUUUCGAUCAAAGAUUUAGAUUCUCUCCUUGGUAUAACGGAUUAUAUAAACACGGUGUUUGACCUGGGAGGUGAAAUAAAAUUUAUUAUUCGUAUUGGCAGUUAUUUCCUUUAUUUUUGUAAGAUUUUUUUAAACGAAACAAAAGCAUGGUACGAGGA